CUUGGUCAUGAUGUUCACUGCCGGGGACUUCCUGAGGAGCACAGAGCGCAUGCUGCUGCAGCACCUGGGGAUGAGGGGCGACACCGUGGGAGGAGCCCUCAAGUUAGGUGCUGAUUUGGCGCAGGGUAUCGGCUCGUCUCCAUACCUCAUCGACAACGCACAACUGAGGCAACGAGCUAGAGCUGAGUACGCAAAGAGAUCUAAAAAACCUUACGAGGCACUGGUGCUCACACCGGAUGGGAGAGAAGUGAAGAAAAAGCUGCAAAAUGGUGAAAAUCUAUUUUUGGGAUACACUGGAUACGUUGACACUGACGACCCGUCUAUACUCAUCAGUGUUGUUCCCGAAAACUGGCCACCACAAAAUGCUGAGGAGGAGUUUGCGGCGCGUGUCUAUCUGGAAACAGCAGUGGUCUUUAAAAGUUAUAAGAACCAACAAUCCAGCAUUGAUCUUUCAGUGCUCAUACCCAAGGGCCGAGGAACAGGAUGUGCCUGGCACCGGGAUCCCCGGCGACAGAAGCAGGCGCAGUUUUGUCGCCGCUACGAAGGGUACGGGACUUUGUGCCGCUGCAAGGACCCUUUGGAUCCCCAGCGACUGCGGUGGUCAUCGAACUUCAUCCCCAUGUCGGAGAUCAUCCCUAUCGCGAUGCUCACCGCCACCAAGUGUCACUUUUUUUACCGGCAGCUGAUAAGUCUCCUACUGGCUACGGGUGCGGCUCAAACCGACAUUUUGGUCCUCAUCGACGGUCAUCAGGAAGAGACUGCGCAGCUGGCCGCGAUCUUUGGCUUGCCGGUAAUCGAGCACCGCCACGAGGGAGACGCCGGCACUAACACUCCCCUCAACGCGCACUUCAGAUUUUCUUUGUUCACGGCCUUCUCGACCUUCCGCAACGCCUCUAAAGUAAUCAUCUUAGAGGACGACCUCAUCGUCUCGCCUGACUUCAUAAGCUACUUCCACCAGACGGCGUGGCUGCUGGACGCUGACGCCACACUCUACGUCGUGAACAGCUUCUCCCUCAACAGCUGCCCCACGGUCGCGGCUGACGCCACGCGUGUCAGGCGCUCACAAAUGUUCCCCCAGUUCGGCUGGAUGGUCACAAGGGAAUACGCUCAAGAAAUCCUUCAUUUUUGGGUCGACAACUCGGACAAAUCUUGGGACUGGGAUUGGAGGCUACAUUAUGCGCCUCUUCGUCGGGGAAGGUAUGCACUGGUCCCGGAAGUGUCCCGAAGUUUCCACUCUGGAUCGUCAGGAGCUCACAUCAAUGGAUGGAGCCAAGCCCUCAUAUUCUCCAACAUGAUCUACAACCACGACCCAGAUGUCAAGCUUAAAAAUUUACACCUACUCCAAGCUAACGUCUACGCGGAUUAUUUUUCGAGUGAACUCAGGAGAGCAAAAGUCCUUUCAAUGGAAAAUGGCUUCAACCCCUGCCAUAUGGAAACUAUUCCGGAGGAACUGCGUCCCGGUCCCGUCAUAAUUCAUCUGGAGGCCAACUCGUACAAAGACCUUAUUUCACCUCUUAUUCUCCUGGCUAAGUGCCUACACACUUACCCAGAUCACGCUUUUGACAACUACGAAGGUGUGGUGCAGUACACCAUCACGGGCAUCACUCCACACACCACACUUUACGCCGUGGCCUGUCCCAUCUCACCAUACUGUGGGAUCAUUAAGAACGCGACGAUGACGUCACCUCGUCCAGGCGCCAUGGAGCAAGUGUCACGGUAUGACCGCGCCUGGAGACUUGCUAGGUGGUACAGCAACACCAGGGAGGUGCGCUACUCCAACCACAGUGCAACGUAUUACGGCCUGGCGUAGAUGUAGCCUCAGAGUGAUGCGCCAAUCUGUAGGUGGUACAGCAACACCAGGGAGGUACGCUACUCCAACCACAGUGCAACAGUGCAACGUAUUGCAGCCUGGCGUAGAUGUAGCCUCAGAGUGAUGCGCCAAUCUGUAGGUGGUACAACAAUACCAGGUAGGCGCGCAGUAUUACGGCCUAGUGCCAAAUGAAACUGUUGAAAAUAACCACAGGUGAAUGCAUUACGACCUAAAAUAAAUUUUGAUAAAUAUUUAAUCUCGUUUUAGUUAGAAAUGUGGUGAUUUUUAUCGGAAGAGUUCCUAACGGUAGUAAACCCAUUCAAUCUAAACACUGUUUUCAAUCUGAACACUGAGCUUCAUGUUUAUUCUAAUCACUUAUUUGAAUUUAGAUGGCUAUUCAUUCACUACUUAGAUUUAAUUCUGGGAUGUUAACUGCUUGACGUGAAUGCGCACAGCUGAAUGAGGAGGACGUGCUAGUGAAUGGCCUGUCCUACCACUUCUCCCUUUAUGCUCCGCCAGUCUAGAAUGAUGAUUGCGUAACGUCGUAGCAACGUAGGCAGGUACGCAUCACGCCAAUCUGUAUUUAGAAACUAGAGACGAUCGCAUUUGAAUGAGAAGAAUAGCUUUGUACCUACAUAAAAAAUACUAUCUUAAAACUGUUCAUCAACAGAAUAUGAAUAUUGCAAUAUGAAGAUAAAAAU